UCCUCACACAGUGAUUCGCUCGCACCUUGCGAGUCGGUUCAUAUGAAUCAUUAAAGAAGAGCCAGUUCAUAUAGAGCUAUUCGCUCGUUAAUUCGUUCAGAGUGCGCAGUGAGUAUCGGUGUGAGAGAGAAAGUCGUUCUUAUCCGAGAACUGUAGCGAAGCAGACAUUCCUGUGGCGGGAAAGCAGGCUCUCACAUCCAUGCUGCUGUCGGUUCCGGUGAACGCGCUCGAGGAAUGCGGGCUUCACGAGCGUCGUUCUGGUGAGUGAGAGUGCAGACCUGCUGAUUCUUGACAUCAUGACGGAGUUCAGUAACCUGACGUCGCUCGUGAAUAACGUGAGCGAGUUCUCCAAUCACACGGCGAGAUGCUCCUUAACCAAGACUGGCUUUCAGUUUUACUAUCUCCCCAUCGUCUACAUCAUGGUCUUCCUCACAGGCUUCAUCGGAAACAGUUUGGCCAUAUGGAUGUUCGUGUGCCACAUGAGGCCGUGGAGCAGCAUCUCCGUCUACAUGUUCAACCUGGCGCUGGCCGACUUCUGCUACGUGCUCUCGCUGCCGUUCCUCAUCUUCUACUACUUCAACAAAACCGACUGGAUAUUUGGGGACGUCCUAUGCAGACUCCAGAGGUUCAUCUUCCAUGUGAAUCUCUACGGAAGCAUCCUGUUCCUCACGUGCAUCAGCAUGCACAGAUACUCCGGCGUCGUGCAUCCGCUCAAGUCGCUCGGGAGGCUGAAAAAGAAGAACGCCGUUCGCACCGUGGCGCUCGUCUGGUUCAUAGUGGUGGUGGGCAUCUCUCCCAUCCUCUACUACUCACGAACCGGCCCUAAGAAGGGGUUAACCACGUGCUACGACACCACGACCGAAGACGAGCUGCCGGGAUACUUCAUCUACAGCAUGUGCAUGACGGUGUUCGGCUUCUGCAUCCCGUUCAUCAUCAUCUUCAGCUGCUACGGCGGCAUCGUCAAAGCCCUGAUCUGCAACGACAUGGACAACGCUCCGCUGAGGAGGAAGUCCAUAUACCUGGUCAUCAUCGUGCUCACGGUGUUCGCCGUGUCCUACCUGCCCUUCCACGUGAUGAAGAACCUGAACAUGCGAGCGAGACUGUACUUCCAGAGCCCGGACAUGUGUGUCUUUAACGACCGUGUGUAUGCCACGUACCAGGUGACCCGCGGCCUGGCCAGCCUCAACAGCUGCGUCGACCCGGUCCUGUACUUUCUGGCCGGAGACUCGUUCAGACGCAGACUGUCCAGAGCCACCAAGAAGUCCAUCAGGAAGGGAGAUCACCCGGUGCAGUCCAAGAGCGAGGAGACGGCGCUCAACAGCCAGCCGGAGUGUGUCCAGAACGGGGACGACCGGGACUGACCUUCCUUCCCUGAGACUGAUGCUUUAAAGAUGUCGAGUAUUUGAAAUCACCGUACUGUACUCUGGUCAGUGUUACUCCUGUGUUGCUUUUAAUGUUUUCGACUAAUGUGAUUUUACUGAAUGAACAAUCACUAAUUGACCGUUCCAUGUUUUAACAGACACAACGAUAUCAAGCACUGUUUAGUUGAGCUGUUCUCAGUGAAUAAUUGUUAAGAUGCACUAUAGAUAUUUUGACAUCAUUAAUUCUCUAGCUGUAGAUUUAAAGCAUUGUGAACUGAUGUGUAUUGUGCUGUUACUGUAAAGAUGUGUGCCCAUGAAUUAUGAAGGGACUCUUAUAGCCAUGUUUUGAAUAGACGGUAAAUCCUGUAAUGAAUUUCUCUAUAAUGUAGUAUUCAGAGCUAUAACAAGUACAGUGACUAGAUGAAAACUACAUUACCUGCUCUUUAUUAUCAGGUCUACCCAAAAUGGUGGGUCGCAGAAGAAUAGUGUUGCAUUCAUAUAUUAUUUUCUCACCUUUGUUUAAUUAUCUUGUUUAUGAAAAUGUGUAGUUUAACGGUUAGAUGUAACAAUACUCAUAAAAAGUUUGGAAUAAUUAAGAUUUUUAAAUGUUUCGGAAUGAAGACUUCUGUUCACUGAGGCUGCAUUUAUUUGAUCAAAAAAACAGUAAAAACAGU